UCCGGAGUAAAAUCUUAUGCGCCAAUGAACAGUCUUUGGCUUAUAGUUUGGUAUGCUUCUUUAUGUUGUUUACUCAGGGAAGCUGAAGCUCUACAGUACAGGAUUACUCCAUCUCAAUCUUUAAGUGAUGGUGAAAGCUUAGUUUCAGAGGAGGGAAGCUUUGAACUUGGUUUCUUUAGUCCAGGCAGCUCCAAGUAUCGUUACUUGGGUAUUUGGUAUAGGAAUAUUGCUGUCAGGACUGUAGUCUGGGUUGCAAAUCGAAAGAUCCCGAUUAAAGAUUUGUCAGGUGUUUUGACGGUUAACAGCACAGGAAGUCUUGUACUGUUGAGUGGGAAAAGCAAUGAUAUUUGGUCAACAAAUUCAUUUAGAGAAGCUAGAAGUCCUGUAGCAAAACUUUUGGAUUCUGGAAAUCUUGUCCUUGUAGAUGAGAAAGAUGGAAAUUCUGAUGUCUUCUUGUGGCAAAGCUUUGAUUAUCCAUCUGACACGCUGUUACCUGGUAUGAAGUAUGGAUGGGAUUUACGGGCUGGUCUUAAUAGGCGCAUCACUUCAUGGAAGAACUCCGAUGACCCUUCCCCUGGAGCAUUGAGUGCUGGAUUAGACCUUCAUCGAUAUCCUGAAUCAGUCAUUUGGAAGAAUUCCAGGAAAUACUAUCGAGGUGGUCCGUGGAAUGGACUACGGUUCAGUGGUGGUCCUGAACUAAGGCCCAAUCCAGUUUUUGAUUUCAAGUUUGUUUCUAAUCAGGAUGAGGCGUACUAUAUGUACCAGCUCAAGAAUAAAUCUGUGAUCACAAGGCUAGUCUUAAAUGAUACCACCUCUACAAGACAGCGUUAUGUAUGGGUGGAAGCUGAUCAAUCUUGGAAACUUUAUGGAGAAGUCCCGAGAGAUUAUUGUGACAACUUCAAUCUGUGUGGUGCAAAUGGAGUCUGUGUUAUCAGUGACUCUCCUGUUUGCCAGUGCCUUGAAGGUUUUAAACCAAAAUCACCAGAAAGCUGGAACUCAAUGGACUGGUCUCAAGGAUGCAUUCUCAGCGAGCCAUUAAACUGCUUGAAUCGAAAAGUGUUUGUCAAAUUUACUGGCCUGAAAUUACCAGAUACAACCAGUUCUUGGGUGAAUGCUACUAUGAACCUUGCAGAGUGCAGGGAAACUUGCUUAAAAAAUUGCUCCUGUAUGGCUUACACAAACUUAGAUGUUAGAGGACAAGGUAGUGGGUGUGCCCUCUGGUUCGGUAACUUGAUUGAUAUUAGGCAGUUUCCAGACAGUGGCCAGGACCUCUAUAUACGAAUCGAAGCUUCUGACAAAGGGUUCCCUGCUGUGAAAGUAAUUAUUAUUGUGGUAAUCACUGCUGCUGUGUUUUCUGGUAUGCUCCUUGCCUGCUAUUGCCUUUUCAGGAGAAAGAAAGGAAAAGCAGGUGAAGAGAGUCAAAAUAAUCCCCAGGAAUUACGCCCAACAGAAGAUCCAGACCUUCCAUUCUUUGAUUUGGCAACAAUAUCACUGGCCACUGAUGACUUCUCACUGAACAAUAAGCUUGGUGAAGGUGGUUUUGGACCUGUUUACAAGGGCACUCUAACAGAUGGACGGGAUAUUGCCGUGAAGAGGCUUUCACAAAGUUCUGGACAGGGAAUGAACGAGUUCAAAAAUGAAGUGCGGCUGAUAGCAAAGCUUCAGCACAGAAAUCUUGUAAGGCUUAUCGGUAGCUGCAUCGACGGAGAAGAAAAGAUGCUAAUCUAUGAAUACAUGGCGAAUAAAAGCUUGAACUCCUUCCUUUUUGAUAAGAGAAGGAAGAGAGAUUUAAAUUGGUCUAGGCGUUUCCAGAUUAUAUGUGGAAUUGCCCGAGGUCUUCUUUAUCUUCAUCAGGACUCGAGGUUGAGAAUUAUUCAUAGAGAUCUCAAAGCAAGCAAUGUUUUGCUUGAUGAAGAAUUGAAUCCGAAGAUUUCAGACUUUGGAAUGGCAAGAACCUUUGGAGGAGAUCAGAAUGAAGACAACACUAGAAGAGUUGUCGGAACAUACGGGUAUAUGGCUCCAGAGUAUGCACUUUAUGGUCUAUUCUCGGUGAAAUCCGACGUGUUUAGCUUUGGCAUUCUAUUAUUGGAGAUAAUAAGUGGAAAGAAAAACGGGUCCUUUAAUCAUUCAGAAUUCCACCAUAAUCUUAUAGGAUAUGCUUGGCAAGUGUGGACGGAAGGCAGACCACUCGAACUGAUUGAUUCCUCGUUGGAUGACUCCUGCUCUCUCCCUGAAAUGCUGCGGUGCAUGCAUGUAGCUCUCUUGUGCAUCCAGCAGAGCCCCGAUAACAGGCCGAACAUGUCAUCCGUGGUUCUAAUGUUGAACGGGGAGAGUACACUGCCGGAGCCAAAACAGCCGGGUUUUCUGAUAGACGUGAUGCCAACCGAAGCGUAUCCUUCAUCCAGCCAGCGGGAAACAUGUUCGGUAAAUGAAAUCACUUUCACGCUCUUGGAUGCCCGUUAGUACUUGGCUCGAUAGCACACGUACACAUACUACGAUAAGUAUUCCACACAGACCUGAUUUCCUUUGACAUUCUGAUCGUAGCAAUAAAAAAUCUUAGCCUAACUAUGUGAUUAUGAUGAGGUUUGGGAUGAACUCUUGAAGCAAAAAGCCAGAUUUUGUUCAUGUAGUGGUGAUCUUUGUAGUGUUGGUCUCUCUUCUUGAUGCCACUGAAAUAUAGAACAUUAUAGAAUGAAUGACCAUUUUAGCAAGCUUUCUAGAUUAGUAGCAAAAUAAGGAUACAAGAAUUGUUUGUGAAGUUUUCAGUUGCUUGUAUGAGAAGAGGUCAUUUCUUUUGUCCACUGUUUUGAUGUCCCUGCUCCAUGAAUUACCAGAUUGAUUUUGCUUGUGAAGAUGGCAAAUGUGCUCAUUUGUAAAAAAAAAAUGUUGUAUACUUAGUGAUCACAUGGUUUCAAGUUUGAUUUUUAGUAGGAAUGUCCUAUUAGCUUU